CCACCUCGCACUGCGCCUGCGUCGAGACGGUCCCCGAAAAGUCGCUGCCCUGGGACAUCUGGAACGCAGAGGUCGUCUAUGCACAGGACCGUCCGGUUCACGACACGAGAGACACGACUAUCCUAUUUGAUUGCCGCGUCUGAUCGGGUGCAACGACGCUGUGGCGCUUGUGAAGACACAUUGAUCGUGUGUACAGUGGGAACGUUUUGAGGUAUUCCGGAACAAGGUGACAUGGCCAGUCCAAGCAAGCCUGUUGAUCUUCGAAUGUUCAGCUGCAGCCGCACGGCCACUGUGGUUUGUUUCUCCAUUAUCGCACCGCGGUUCCUUCUCGUAAAUUAGCUGCAUGCGACGUCUAAUAUCAACGCAUGCACAUUUCGAAUUCGGUUGAAAACUCUCUUUUGCAGUCGGUCGCAUCCGGUCCGUUGCUUGCAUACCCGCGAUGAACACCGCCGAUCACCAUACAGCGCGAACGUUUGUUCCGUCGUCUGGAGUCUGAGGGAGAUUUCCCUUUCCUUCCCACGAAUUCUUGGUUCUGAAAGGGGGGCCCACUUUCACCUUCUGUUCCGAUUGAGCGGGUGCUUUCGAGCACACGAACUCGCGAAGAUAUACGAUUUAUCUCAAAAGUCAAAACCCAAUCGAACCAGUUUGAACAGUUUGAAUAAGAUGCCAAUGGAGAGAAGAGUAGACGUACUCACCCUGGUCUUGACGCGAAGGUCAGGACGGUUCCCCGCCCGGCGUUUGACAGGAGCGCUCGUAGACUACAUCGUGGACUAGCGGAAAUACGGAAGUCGUGCCGGUUAAGCAUGAUAGUCGGUGCAAUCUGCCACAAACCACGGCUGCGAUCUCGCCGGCAGCUUUGGCGAGCCGCUUUCGCGCGUUUCGGCUGUCUAGUACACCAUAUCUCGGGCAAACCCCUGUUCAGCUUCGCUUCACUCUCGGUGGACGAGACUAAGGACGAAGACUCGUCACGGGGGGCUUGUCCUAUUAAAAAAAUGCUUGUCAUCGUUGUUUGUUAUGUUUGCAGGCUCGCAGGCACCGCUCCAGACGAAAAAGCUUUGAAAAUCUACCGCUACAUCGACAGAGCCGUGACGUAAUGAGUUGUUGAAAACUACCGGUACCUGUGACGCAAACAGCAGGCGGACACAUAGCAGAGUCGUUUCAUCUGCAUUCCGAUUGAAAUCGCAGUCCCGGAGCAAAAGGCGAUGUCCAAUAAAACUAGCAAGCCCUCCCCUGAAAGCCCCUCUGCUCCGGUGCCACCGACGAAAGCAGGCAGUAAAGACAUGUCUUUCGAUCCGAUCUCCUUCGCGAAGGAUUUCAUCGCCGGCGGUGUGGCCGCUGCCAUCUCCAAGACGGCAGUCGCCCCUAUCGAACGAGUCAAACUCCUGCUACAAGUUCAACAUGCAUCCACACAAAUCUCCGAAGCCCAGCGCUACAAAGGCAUGGUCGACUGCUUCGUGCGCAUCCCCAGGGAGCAGGGCUUCCUCAGCUUCUGGCGUGGCAACUUGGCCAACGUCAUCCGUUACUUCCCGACACAGGCACUCAACUUCGCCUUCAAGGACAAGUACAAGCAGGUCUUCCUCGGCGGCGUAGACAAGAAGACCCAGUUCUGGCGCUACUUUGCGGGCAACCUGGCCUCCGGAGGCGCCGCAGGAGCCACGUCCCUCUGCUUUGUGUACCCCCUCGACUUCGCUCGAACGCGUCUGGCCGCCGACAUCGGCAAGGGCGCGGGACAGCGGGAGUUCUCCGGCUUGGGCAACUGCCUCACCAAAAUCUUCAAGUCUGACGGACUGAUGGGCCUGUACCGGGGCUUCGGCGUGUCUGUCCAGGGCAUCAUCAUCUACCGGGCAGCCUACUUUGGCUUCUUCGACACGGCCAAGGGCAUGCUGCCUGACCCCAAGAACACGCCACUGGUCAUCUCCUGGCUCAUUGCGCAGACGGUCACGACGGUGGCGGGCAUCAUGUCGUACCCCUUUGACACAGUGCGGCGGCGUAUGAUGAUGCAGAGCGGUCGCGCCAAGGCGGACCUUAUGUACAAGAGCACGGCCCAUUGCUGGGGCAAGAUUUACAAGACAGAAGGUGGUGCUGCCUUCUUCAAGGGCGCAUUCUCGAACGUACUUCGUGGCACCGGGGGAGCCUUGGUCCUUGUCCUGUACGACGAGAUCAAGGCUUUCAUCUUCUAAAGACCACAGCACCAAGGUCCCGAUGAAAAGUCGGCUCCGCCGAACCCCCUCUGCCCUAGUCCCCUGCCCCGUCGGCUUUUUUUUUUUGUUCGGCGUCUCCCGUUCCUUUGUGUACUUCAACUUGAGCGCAAGUUAAUGGCACAAUGCAUUUGUGUAUUUUCGUUUCUUUUACCCUGGUCUUUUUUCCAUCCGAUAAAUUGGCACGUAUUUAAGGCUUGCAAACAUUCCAGGUUAGUCACAAAGUAAUAAGGGGUUGGGGAGUCAUGUGGGUGGGAGAGACCAAGCUUUUGGAGGAAGGGUGUGGCUGAGCAGUGCAAAACUAGACCAAGUAAUAAAGGAUGUAGAAAAACACUGAA